UGGAACUGAUCCGAGUAAGAAGAAGAACAAAAAGAACAAGAAGCCUACUAGUAGUUCUCCUUCUUCUUCUUCGAAAAAGGUAGAUCCUAGUCCAAAAAACAAGAAGCAGAUGAAUCCUAACCUCAACGACCCGAAGAGUCCGGCAACUCAUCUUGAUGCGGUUUCGCCAACUCCUACUCAGAGGAAUGCCAAAAAAAGAGCCAAAAAAGACGAUCAUGGAUUCUAUGGCACCACGCCAACUCCUGAUACUGACCUUCCGAAUAAGGGUUCUUUUGAGGAUGUCGUGGUUACUCCUGAACGAGCUGCUCCGGGUGUUGCGUCUCCGACGGAUGCUUCCGAACCGAAUGAACAUGCU